UGUUACAAAAUCAUUCGGACACCGUGCAGAAUAAGUUAAAAAGAAAAUUGGAGCUACUGCAGGACACAAUGGGCCAAAAAGGGUUGCCUAUUAGCCUCAAUGUUAGGAGCGGCAGCGCCAGCCACCGUGAGAGGACCAGAGCAAUAUGGCAGCCAUACGAGUGUUUUGUCCGGCUGGAAACCAACAACAAAGCACUCACUCCAUAUUGAGCGCCAACAGUCCCUUCUUGUAGAGCGUCUUUCCAAACGCCAACGAGCACCAGUCCGCACGUUGGCCUGCGUGGGCCAGGCACCCUCACAGAUUCGAACAAUGCAAGGAACUCACCGGAGCUUGGACUUUGCCUCACCAGAACCGGCCAACCAGGUGUUCAGCCGAUCCACACUUUCAGCCAUCCAUCUGCCAAGUCGCACUUACGCAGCAUAUCGCGUUCGGUCCACUUUUCCGCUGCCGGCGUUGGCAAAACCACCAGCGUCGCGGAACAGGCAGAAAAACAAGCGCCCACGGCUUCUAAAUCACAUAUUGCCCACUGGUCCAGUCACCACAAUCGCACCACACGUAUGUACACGCACUAUGCAGACCGCUAUAUACUCGUAUUAAGGCUUUUCCGCGCCUUUUUCCGUGGUAAAAAAUAACAUUUUGAGGAGCUAGAAAAAAUUUGCGUCCUCGCUCGACCGCCCAACC